CUUAUUGCAUGUCAUACAUGCUCGUAGAUGCAUGUGACAUGAAACAUGGAUAGUGUUUACUUUUUUAAAUUACAGUGAUAAUCUGGCCAUAAGAAUUUGUGGAUAUUUUAGAUUUUGUAAAUACAUUUUUUCAUGACAUGCCUUUGAGAGAUGGAUGUUCCAGUACUUUAUUUUAUUCUGAUACUGGUUUUAAUUGUAAGGCAGAAUAAUUGUACUAAUGAUAAAAGUGAAGAACAAGAAAGUUGUGGUUGUAAUGCGUUAAACAGAGGAAGAGAAAGCGAUGCAACUGUUUGUGCACAGACGGAAACGUAUGCGAAUUUUGACCAUGACAAAUAUGGAGCAGUUGCGAACUCAAAUAAUAAUAACCGAACAAAUAAAAUGAUUUUUAUUAAAGGAGGGGUUUUCACCAUGGGUACUGAUAAACCUGUUUUUGUUGCUGAUGGUGAAGGCCCUUCAAGAAAAGUAACGUUAACUGAUUAUUUCAUGGAUGUUUUUGAAGUAAGCAACGCCGAAUUUGAAAUAUUUGUGAACAGCACUGGUUAUAAAACAGAAGCAGAGAAGUUUGGUGAUUCAUUCGUCUUUGAGACCCUUUUAAGUGAAGAGACCAAGGCAGGAAUCACGCAAGCUGUAGCUGCUGCGCCCUGGUGGCUGCCAGUUAAAGGUUCCAAUUGGAAGCAUCCAUAUGGACCUGAUUCAAAUGUUAAAGGCAGGAUGGACCACCCUGUGGUGCACGUGUCGUGGAACGAUGCGGCGGCCUACUGCAAGUGGGCGGGCAAGCGUCUGCCGACGGAGGCGGAGUGGGAGCACGCCUGCCGCGCUGGCCUGUCCGGCCGUCUCUUCCCGUGGGGGAACAAGCUGCUCCCUCGCGGCAAGCACCGGGUGAACAUAUGGCAGGGCCAGUUCCCCAGCGACAACACGGCGGAGGACGGCUACACGGCGACUGCUCCGGUCACGCAGUUCCCCGCCAACGCCUACGGCCUCCAUAACAUGAUAGGCAACGUGUGGGAGUGGACAAGCGACUGGUGGGAAACCAAGCACAAAGCCACACAUCUGCACAACCCUGUGGGGCCUCCCGGCGGCAGCGACAAGGUGAAGAAGGGAGGCUCGUACCUCUGCCACGAGAGCUACUGCUACCGGUACCGCUGUGCCGCCCGCAGCCAGAACACCCCGGACAGCUCGGCGGGCAACCUGGGGUUCCGCUGUGCCGCCACCACCCUGCCCGAGUACUUACAGCCCCGCCGAUAGGCUGUCUUCCUGCCACGACCCUGUAGCCCACCCGACCAUCCAUAAAUGACUAACAUAAUGUACGUAUUAAUAUUACACAUGGUGAAAUAGUGUACCAAAGAAAAAUGAUUUAGUGAAUUACUAUACUAAAUUUGUUUACACAGUUUUUGGUAUCCGUAAAAUUGGCUAUAGUCUACUAGCCCAAAACAAAACAAGUUUAAAUUAAAUGUUUAAACACAUACAUAUAUAUUUGCAUUACUUUUUGUGAUCCAUUUAAGGUUUGAAGCUCCAUAAAAUCAUUUGUUUCAAAAUGAUACCAUCUGAUGUUUAAUUGGAAGAUAAAAUAACUGUUAUGUAAUGGUAUUUGGCUUUCAGUGUACUGUAAUCAUCAAAACAGCAUAAAUCAUUCAGUUUUGACUUGUUGCACCUGAGUAAUAGGAUCUGUAGUUUCAAAGACUGGCAUACAGUCUUUAUGUUGUGCUGCAUGUUGCUGUUGGGCGCUCCGCACAUUGUUAUUUCAAGAGAAAUUACGUAACAAGCUGUAAAGCAUGCUCGUCCUGUAGUCUGAUGCGAUGAUCGGGUGUACUAGUAAGUGGCAGCUGAAAAGAUUAUAUUUUGUAUUUACUGCAAAUUCCUUCAAAUAUAUUGCAAAUGUGUUGACUCAUCUGAAAUGAAACAUGAUUGCAUUACUGAAUUUCAACUGUAAUAAUUUGUGUCCAAAUCAUGGAAUCCAAACUGUUUGCAAUACCUACAUCUUUCUCUCCAGAGAGCCAAAGCCUUUAGUGAGGGUAGUAAUUUAAUAUCCAGCAAAAAAAAAAAAAGGUACAUUGUUUUUAAAUGAGAGAUAACUUGUAAAGCAAACAUGUUUCUGCUGCUAGCUGUAGGUUUCAAUAGGUCACUUGGAAACAAUAGUAUUUCAAGAAACAUUUAAGACUUGAACAGAAUCAUUUAUUAAAUAUCUGUUAAGAAAAAAAUUAAAUACAUUUAACUUAAAUUCUAGGUAAUCCUAGAUGGUAUUUGUAAAAUACAUUCCAGUUAUAUCAUGAAAUAGCCAGAGGCAUUAAAUUUUAACAUGAAAAUGUUUAUUCUGUGUUCUGUUAGGUCUUGCAUACUUAUCUCCAAAGAAGUAACUACUAUAUUUUAACUUCAGAAACUUAUAAUUAUGCUAAAGAACAUUGUAUCACACAAAUAUUAAAUGAUGAGCUGAACUGGUAAGCUAGCCCUUAAGAGGUCCGCCUAGUCAUGGAUAUCUUUGCAUUAUUGAGUGUGAUGCUCACUGAUCCUUCCAGCACAGUAUUGCAGCCAAGUGCAAGACUUUGGACUGGCACACAGUCUUCCCAUUGUGCAUAGAACAACUAUGAGAUUUGAGUGAUAAUGAUAACAUUAUGUGGUGAAAAAAUGAAGAUAAAGGGUUUUUCAUGCCCAAAAAUUACUAUGUAAACAUUCGUUUUUAGCCAAUUUUACUUGUCUAUAAAUACAGUUUAAAAAUGAACUUCUCAUCCACCCUCAGCAUAUUCCUAGAUGCUAUUCAUAAACAGAUGUCAUUCUGAUAUCCUGAGAAGUUUCAAAUCCCUUGGUGUUUUUCUGAAGCUCUGCCCAUUGUAUGUGUGCCCGGGUAGGCAGGGGUCUUAAGGAACAAGUCUCACUACUAUUUCCCUCAUAUUUGGAAGGAAUUCCUCACAACCACAAUAGUUCUACCUUUGGUUACAGCAUGCUCAGCUGUAAUUUGAAAAUCCUGUAAUGUCAGUAGAGGUUGUCUUGUUAUGGACAGUUUUAUUUUAACUGUUUCCUGCUGUGCUAAAUCAUCCCACAUUUGGCUCCACCUACUUGGGAGUUUAUUUGCUGACGGGGAAGUGUUUAGGGCAUCUCGAAUGUAACUCAAAAGCUUUGGGAUGUAAAUUUUGUUUUACAAAGAAUGAAAAUGAAAGCAAGCACGACAUAGUUACAGUACUUAAAACUUUAUGUGGUAUAAUAUAAAUUUUUAAAGUAUGAUCCAAAUAAUCAGUUUUAUACACCACUUGUGUAAUGAAAUGGCUAAUGAUCUCUGGCUUAUUUGGUGUAUUAGUGAGUCUGUCAAGUACAGUCGCAAUCAAAGAAAAUGUCGCAAUGCUGGGCUAGCUGAGCUGAGUUUCGUUACAAACAUUUUUCUAGAUGUUGGACCAUUUGAUUGUUAAAACAUUUGGUUUGCAGCAGUGCUCGUUGAAGGGAGGUGAAAUCGAAGGUGUCAGUCUAAGCUUUAAAACAAUUGUCUGCCAGAUCCCAGUUUUUGAAACAAAAGUCCUUCUGAAGGUUGCGGGAGCGAAUUAUGAUUGAUUUGAUAAACACCAGAAAAAGGUUCUUGCUCAGCUGCUGGCUCAUACAAGCAAUGAGGCUUUUUCUAUGUGCAAUCCAUUUAUUUUUGGUGAUCAAUCACCCAAAACAGCUUCAGGUAGGAGGUGCCCUUAAAUCAAGAUAGGCCUUUUUAUUAUUAUUAUCUUUUAUGUCAGAUGUCUAUGCUAUGUUUAUGUAUUUUAAAAGGGUUUUUUUUUUCCAUGAUACUUUGCUGUGUAUUGUGUGCUGUAGUGAAUUUUUGUUAGUGAUACUAAGGUAGUGGUUGAUGUCUAGUACCGUAUUUAACCAGAGAAGGGUCGCCCCUUCGUAUGGGUCGCACCCUUAAUUUUGGGCAAAAAAAUCUAACAUUUUCACUAUAAGGGCCACCCCUGCAUAUGCAUCACAUCAUACAUCUGACUUCACUAGAGUUCCGUGAAUACAAGUAAAGUGUUCUUUUUUUCAGCUUAUUGGCACGUAAGAAAUACGACACUGGCAUUGGCCCUCAGCUUUUCUUUGUUUACUACUGGAGGAUGUGAGGCAGUCCACUACCCAACCCCACCACCCCAUUUCCUAACAAGACAAAGGAGAAGACUUCUAUUUUUAUACCCUUGUUUCCGUUUCAUCCAUUGUAUUUUAUUACUCGCCUCUUCGUCUGGAGAAAGAAGAUAUGGCAAGCUACUCUUUGUCAGUUCCGUCUAUAAAAACUAGUACGCAGUUAACUGCGAGGCUAGAGGAAUAUAAAAGGUGCUCUUAUAAACACCAGCAAUGGCUGCAGUUUUGCCACGGUAUUUUCAGUCGGAAGCUUGGGAAAUCUCAUUAAAAAACAAUAAUGAUUGGGCACCUGUCAAGAUAGACACAUUAAUUGUGUGGAUGCCAGUUCGUGGGACAUUUACAAAGAAGAGAGGGAUUGAGAACCAUCAACAUUGCCAUCUGGCCUCACGCACACACAUGUACACUCUCUUGCUCCCUCUCUGGCUGGUUCAUUUGUAGAUUUUACUCUCCUCUCCUUGUCCUCCCCAACGCAGCAACAGGUCGGGUUCACAGGUGCGCUGUUCACGGAACUUCACGUGACUGCUGAGAAAUUUUGAUUGAACAAUUUAUACUUGCUCGUGGAGUUAUAUUUAUUAAAAACCAACAUAGGUUAAGUAUUUACGCACAUAUUCAACCUCAGUACAAUAUUUUAUUGCAAUCAAAAAUUUGAAUAUAGGUAGCAAUACAUUUUUUUUACACUAAAAAUCUGCAUAAAAUAUGCGGCCCAUACGCGGGUAAAUACGGAAUGUAAUUUACUUAAAAAUUUGUACUUAAAAUUAAGCUGGGAGCCUGGAGACUAUAGGCGUAUUACCUGUGCUGUUGCAGAACCCCUCAUCACUUUUGUGGUAUGGCUUCCAUUGUAAAGUGUUGUGUGUCACAGAUAGGUAUGUACAAACUUAAUUGUUUAGUAAUGAAGUAAGAUGAGAUUUGCCAUGUGAGGGCCAGUACUGCAAUCAUUUUAAAAGUUUCUACGUCAAUGGGUUGUUGUACAUGCUAGUACUUAGAAUUUUGAAGAUACAAAUCUUGGUUUUGUGUAAAUUGACAUUUCUGAUAUUUUAAUGUUAUUGAAAUAUUUUACUACAAUUGAUAUUUGUUGUCCAUUUUUAUUAUAACUGAAAUAAAAUUCUUUGUUUUAAAGAAAUA